CUAAAAUGUGGAGUGAAUAGCCACUAAAAAAGUCUCAAGCACUUGCAUUUCCCCCCUAUAAAAGGGCAAAGUAUUAGUAGUCCUGGAGACAUGCUUGUUAUGCUUAGCUUGUUCUUCCUCUUCUCAUCAGUUUUGCUCAAUGGCUAAAUCCCAUUCUGCUAGUACUAUAAGCCCUUCCAUGAUUUCUAUAGCGCCACUACUAUUUGCCAUGCUGAUGGCUAGCUUAGACAGAACAGGUGCCCAAAUAGGUGUUUGUUAUGGAAUGCUUGGCAACCUACCACCACAAGGAGAAGUGGUAGCGCUUUACAACCAAUAUAACAUCCAAAGAAUGAGACUCUAUGAUCCAAACCAAGCUGCUCUACAAGCCCUCAGAGGCACCAAUAUUGAGCUCACCCUUGGUGUCCCCAAUGACCAGCUUGGAAACAUUGCUUCCAACCAAGCCAAUGCAAACACAUGGGUCCAAAACAAUGUGAAAAACUAUGGCAAUGUCAAAUUCAAAUACAUUGCAGUUGGAAAUGAAGUAGACCCCUUAGGUCCAAAUGCAAGGUUUGUUCUCCCUGCCUUGAGAAACAUACAAAAUGCAAUUUCCACUGCUGGCCUUGGCAACCAAAUCAAAGUUUCCACUGCCGUCGACACUGGAAUCCUAAAAGUAUCCUACCCUCCAUCAAAUGGCUCCCUCAAGCCCGAAUUCCGACCAUUUCUUGAUCCUAUCAUCAGCUUCUUAGUGAACAACAAGUCCCCAUUACUUGUUAACUUGUACCCUUAUCUUAGUUACAAGGAUAACCCCAAUGGCAUCCGCCUUGACUAUGCUCUUUUCACUGCUCCUUCAACUGUAGUGAGCGAUCCCCCACUCAGUUAUCGCAACCUUUUCGAUGCCAUUCUCGAUGCUGUUUACACUGCUUUAGAGAGGGCCGGUGGGGGGUCUUUGGUGAUUGUUAUAUCGGAGACUGGUUGGCCUUCAGCUGGAGGGACAGCGACAACACUUGAUAAUGAAAGAACUUACAUCAACAAUUUGAUUCAACAUGUGAAGGGAGGGACUCCAAAGAAGCCUGGAAGGCCUAUAGAAACUUAUGUGUUUGCCAUGUUUGAUGAGAAUCAGAAAAAUCCAGAGUUUGAGAAACACUGGGGGCUUUUUCUACCAAACAAGCAGCUUAAGUUCCAAGUUAAUUUCAACUAAAGAUUGCAUAUCAUGAGCACUUUAUGCAUGGAAUAAGAAAGCUUCUUGUUCUUCCUUUUUAUUAUGAUCAUAAAUAAAGAAGGCAAAUAAUCUUGGACUAAA